CACUAACAGCCAGUCGCCUAUGGAAGAGAGUACAAGACUGUAGCCAAGCAAAUUUCCCCAGAUGGCCAUGAAAAGACGGUCUUUUCUACCGCCACACUGCAACCAUAGGAGCCAUGCCAUGUCAAAGUGUGGUUAACGGAUGUCACCUGGUGGUUCUGCUCCUAUCUUGGCUCGGUAAGUGAAAUCAUCCCGGUACUGGGAUCAUUACUGCUGUGUUAGCCCUCGUCAACCAAUGCUAACGUUAAGCAGCUAGAGUAAACGCAAAGUGCUUCCAUGUAGCCUUCAAAAUAAAAUAAUGGGCGAGGUUUACAACAACAGAAAAAUCUUUAACAUGAAAAUAGAAAGUGUUUCAAUUUGUUAGUUUUUUUCGGGACAAAGAACAGAGCUAAACCAUUACAUGUUGUAACCCUGGUAGCUGAUUUGUUAUAAAGUGCUUGAAGUAUUUUAUGUACUAUUUUGGAAUCACUCACAGGAAAUAUAGAUUCCAGGUACGUUUAUGAAAAUUUACUAUUUUGGAAUCACUCAGGAAAUACAAAUUCCAGGUAGGUUCAAAUAUAUAUGUAUAUUUAUAUAUAUGUAUACAGUCCCUUUCCAAAAAUUUAGAAUAUCAUGGAAAUUUUAGUUAUUUCCAUAAUUUCAUUCUUACAGUUCAACUUUCAUAUAUUAUAGAUUCAGGGCCCACAAUUUAAACAGUUUCAAGUAUUUGUUCAUUUUUACAUAAUUUGGGCUUCCAGCUCAUAAAACCUACGAAAACAGGAAUUCAAAAAAAUUGAAUAUAGUGAAGAAACCAGCCCAAAUUUUGCAGGGCAUGAAUGUUUCUAACUGAGUGUCACACACCAAUCAUCUACUAAACUCAAAGCACCUGCACAGGUUUCCCCAGGUGGCAUUGAAUUGCUUCAGUUUGGUUCAAUAUGGGGAAAACUACAGACUUGACAACUGACCGGAAGACCAUCAUUGAUACCCCCCAUUGAUACACCUGGGGAAACUGAGUGUCAUAUACUAAUCAUCUACUAAACUCAAAACACCUGCACAGGUUUCCCCAGGUGUAUCAAUGUAUGGUAUCAAUGAUGGUCUUCUGGACAGUUUUCAAGUCUGCAGUCUUCCCCAUUUUGAACCGAACAGAGACAACUGAACCAAACUGAAGCAAUUCAAUGCUACCUUUUUACGUAAAAAUAAACAAAUUAAUACUUGAAACUGUUUAAAUUGUAUGGCCUAAAUCUAUAAUCUUUGAAAGUUUCAAUUUUUAGAUGAAAUUAUGGAAAUAAAUGUAAAUAAAUAAAACUUUUCCAUGACGUAAUAUAAUAUAUAUAUAUAUAUAUAUAUAUUAAACAACUCUGUUGUAUAAAAGCAGUUAUAUAAAAGCAUAAAAGCAGAACAGUUAAUAUGCCCCGUUUUAUUAUUAACUUCUCAUGUACUGGUGAGUGCUUAAAGUGGAGUUAUGGCCCAACUAGCAUAUAGAGGUUAAAAUGUCCUUUAACCAAAGUCUUUAAAAAGUCUCUUUAAGAAAAAGCAGAGAAAGCACUGUCAUGAUUGUUUAACGGGUUUACAAAGAUAGAGCUUGGAUUCAUGAUCUGAGCCUAGAUCCAUAACAAAAUGCCUUAAGAAAACAUAUAAAAUAUAAUUUGCAGUGUCUCAGACCUUCAUCGUUGUUUUUAAUACACUUUUUCCCUGUUAUGCCAUAGACUCUUUGACGUCUGACCUCAUGUCAGACCACAUCAGGGGAAAAAAUUGAAUUCAGAUACUCAUCAAAUCAUGGUGGAUUUCAGUACAGUGCUGCAUAGUUGUUUUUAAUAUGAUUAUUUUUUUACUAUAUGUAUUGCCAACAGAGUGGAGGAACCAGUUACAUUCUGAUUCACCUUGAUGCCCAAGUUUUUAUCAUAAAUAUCAAAUAUAGCUUAUCACAGGGCCACUUGGUUUUUCAGUCAUUGCUCUAUGCCAGGCAUAUAUUGAACGGUUAAUCUGCAACAUACUGCUUAUGUACUCAUAGAUAGGACAUUUUUAUCUUGUCAAAUCCUGCACAAUAAGCAGUAGCAAUAACAGCUGUCUUGUUUCAAAGUCUGUUUACAGGUUCACUGAGUUUGCAGGGUUUCUCUUGUAAAGACAAUAAUAAGCGUUUUCUACUUGUUUAAUUGCUCAGACUGUUCUUGCACCAUCAAAACAUGUCAUAUGACAACUGUCAGAUACUUUUUUUCACAUUAGUGGACCACAACAUGCACUUAGCUUUUUACUUGUAAUACCCCUCAGUUUUUGCCAUGCUUUAUGAUAUGACGCAUUAUUUAGUUCAAUGUAUAGUAGAAAAUGCCCUGAUUCUUCUUUAACUGAUAUAAAGAUUGUAACGGUGUCUUUUCUGUGCCUGCUUUAGGUCCAUCUACUGGAGUCAAACACACAGAUUGUGCUCAUGUAAGUGCUGCCCUCAAAGUUCCUCCUGUAAUUAUUCUUUAUCAUGUGUGUCUUUAGCUGGUGUGUCAGACAUAACAGGACUAUUUCUGAACCUUGCAGGCUGCAGACCGCUGCGAGCAAACUACAAACAGCUCAACUGGUGAGUGAGGGGGAAAACAGCAGAUGGCACUUUGUCGAUAUCCUCCACAGUGCCAUUAGAGCACACAUGUAGAAUUUCAAUGAAAGCUCCAUCAAAAACUUGAACAUUUUUCAGGAGUUUAGGGACUUUUUGGAUUUAUGCUUACUGCUGUCUUGGUGAGAGGUUAAAAUAAUGGAUGCUGAAUUGUACAACUACCACAGCUCCUCCACAGCACACCCAAUUCUCAUUGUUUUGUGGGGGAUUAUUUCUAUACCAGGUGCAAUGACUGUGUUGUUCGACAAGGUUAAUCCCAAAAUCCUGCUGCCCCUCUCAUUUAGAGAAUUGGCUGUACUUAUGUGUCUCUAUCAUUACUCUUCCAUGUCUCUUUGCUUCUCUAUUCUUCUUUCAUGUCUCUCUAUGUGGUCUUAUCACUUGUUCAUUCUUCUCAGGGCUGAAGGAGGUGGUGUUGGUUAUCCAGAGUCAGAGAAACUCCUAUCACGCCCGUCGAGCCAGUCAGAGGAAGGCAGGGAUUCUGCAACAGGCUGCUGAACUGGGACAGGUAACAUUUGACCGGCAGUGGAUGGUCAGCACUGUUGUACUCCUGUGAUAAGAAAGUAAAUGACACACUUCAUUUACAGAGGUCAUGGCCCUCUAGUUUGGCGUUGUCAGACACACCAACCUGUUCAUUCACCAAGGCUGAAACUAAAUGUGUCUGCUCUCAUUCCCUUCAAGAGUUAGGCGUCCUUGCAGGCAGGCGCGUUGCCAUUAACUCCAGCAGAUUUCAGCCAUUUUACAUCAAUAUACUAGGCUCAAACCCGCAUGUUUAACUUGUACCCCCAAAAAUAUAGCUGUGUGUUUGUUCCAUGAGGCCUAGACCACCUCUCAAUGUAGUGGGGAUAACCCGAUCUCUCAGUGUAUGUACUUAGAUAAAACCAGCUUUAAAUAUCUAUGGUCGUUUCAGUCUGAGGUACAAAAUUCUGUAUUCUCAGUGCUUAUUUCAAGCAUUAGUGUGGUUUAAUACAGGCACCAAUAGGUGUCCUCCUCACCACAGAGCUCCCCAACUCAAGCUGAGAGGAUCCAACAGGACCCUGCAGGGAGGCUGUGAAAAUGAAAUUGCUUUAUAGCUCAGUGAAAUGAAAUGAUGCUCAUAUGGACACGACAGCCUGCAGUAGAGACACAGAGUUGUUGAUUUCUUUUGAUGGGAAACGAGAAGAGACAGUCAUUCAAGCUUUGAUUCUUCCUCCAGACUCUUUUAUAAGCCAGAAAAGAAAGAAAAAACCUCCCUGAUAGAGGAAAUGGCAGAAGGCAGUCAGCAGGGGUUCAGAGGGUACAACAAAACAGAUUAGAUAUAAAAUGAGUCUCAAACUGGUGAAAUCUUUAUUUCCCCCUAAUUACCCUGGAAAAAUUAGGAUAUUUUGAUUGUUUUUAAUGACUUUGGUCAAAAGAGAGGGAUGUGGCUCUUUUACUACAAUAGAAAUUGUCUUGUAUGUUGAUAAUGUUGAUUGGCCGUCUAACAUUCAUUCAGAGUCAAAAAACAUGAAUUUGACAGGCAUAAAACUGUCAAAGAUGAUCUUGUAGGACCCAUAAAACUGAUGCCUCUUAAUGUAUACAGUUGAGGCCAAAAUUAUUAGCCCCCCCUAUACAAUUUUAACUUUUUUUCAAAAAUUUCCUAAGUGCUGUUCAACAGAUUAAUGAUUUUUUGACACAGCUUUUCCAAACAUCCUCUGCUAUUUUUGUCCUGUGCAUGGGUUAGUUAAUAAACAAACAGACAUGGAACUAAGAACUUCCCACAUUUCAGGCUUCAUAUGGCAUAUCAGGGUGGUAGCGUCCAUAAAGAUAAAGAAAAGGACAAAAAACAAAGUGCAUUUCAGUGAACAACAUCCAUCAAGAGUCUGGGUCAUACUGAGUGCCCAGCCACAGUCCCCCAUCAGUCUAGCUGCAAUAUAAUCAAUGCAGACCAACCAAAGGCGAGGUUACAGAGUUGCAUCACCUUGAAACAAACUCAUCUAAGAUUUUUUGGGGGAUCCGUGUAAAUGAAAGAUCACAAACUGGGGCCCCUGUGUUAUAAGUAAGGGUUCCAGACAUUAUGAAAGUGAUUCAUUGAUCGUAUUUUCUCAGAAGUUUCAUGUAUCACAGCUAAGUGAGGCAAAAAUAGAGUAAAAUGAAGAGCCUCUUUAGUUCUGAGUCUGUGCACAAAGGUGGAGUGAUGGCACCAGCUUUAUCUCUCUGGACAUGUCAGACCAACAUGUUGCUCAAACAUUUACUGUCUGUGGUAGUUUUUUUUUUUUUUUUUAUGAUUACAAUAAUCUCUGAACGUGUGAUUAUCUCUGACAGGCUGUGAUGAUUCUUGAGGAAGGUUUAUUACAGCUAGAUUAAGCUUGAUUGUAGCAAGCAGUUUUGAAAUGAGGGCAGGCUGUGCGUCGUGUUUUGUUACUAACAUAUAAUCUUGUGUUAUCUGACGCAGGAUAGAAAUCAUAAAAUCAUAAAAUCUGACACACUGAGGGCUUACUGUCUCAUUUCUUUGCUCUGUUUGUUGCCAAUUUAGGAUUUAUUGUAGAGAAAAUGGCUGAACUGCAUUUUGAUUUGAGUCUUUUGUUCUCACAGAUUUUUAUGUAAAUCAAUAUUCUGCCUCUAUGCUCUCACCACUUAAUUCAACCACCACAGAAAGGAGUAAUAAAGUCCAACGCUCUCAGCAUCUGAACAGACCUGAGCAGGGGUAUGUCUGCAUCUGAGCUUUCCAAUAAUGGUUGGUCUUAGCAGCGGCGAAAUUAAUCAAACAUACUUUUUAUUAGACACUCACAGACCGUGUUUUAAUCAUGUUUUAAACAAGAACAAGAACAAUACACUGUUUUCUCAGACACAUGAUAUUAUGAAGAAUUCGACCAGAGUUUUGUCUCAUCUGUUGCACUCAGACAAAUAAAUCAUGGCAUAGUUUAUUUCAUAGCAUUUACAUCUAUUUGAUUUUAUUUAAAUUAUUACAGUUUUUUAGAAUUUAUUCAUUCAAAUUAAAAUCAGUAUAAAUUGAAAAUAUGUUAAAUAUGAUGAGCUGUGGAUCAGCCAAGAUUCAUUUAGUUAAAAUUUGUGUGACAGAAACAAAUUGGACUUAUCAAUGACUGAUGCAUGAAUCUUCAUUAUUUACUCUAAACACAUUGGGUUUAUUGGUAUUCUUACAUAAAUCUAAUUCUUAAUUGUUUCGUUUACAUUUGAGUGACGGAUAUGCAGCACAUAAAGUUUUCUGGCCUGUUUAUGUUAAAUCUAAGUCAUUCAAAUGGAUGGAAAUGUUGUAUGCAAUGAGGCCUAAAUAUUUCUGUCAGUGUUGUUUGGUAUCAGCAGUCUAUUCAAAAACUGAAAUCAGGUCAGAACUUCUUAGUUAAUUUAUAACCUAGCGAAGUUAGACAAAAUCAAAAUGAGAGGCAGCAUCACACUGUGAGGUUAGGAAGCUUGAACCACCAUUCAGUAGUUGAAGUGAGCGUUUAUUUAUCUGUGCUCAGAGUAGCCUUCAUAUUGUCAUCAAUUAAGACCCCUAACUUUCCUCUUGAUUAGUCCUCUUAUAGUCGAGUGAUGAGACUUUACCUUAGCCUACACAGGAAUAAUGUCUACAAACACUGACUUUUUACACCUAUUUUUGGCUGUUCUUACAACUGGGUCUUUCCAGAGCUAUUAAUAGCUGCACGGAGGACAUUUUGGAGUCCUUCUGCAUGAGUCAUUUAAUGAGGAGGGAGAUGUAAAACAGCAGCUCCCAUGAGCACACACAAAGGGAUGUGCAGAUGUUGUAACUCGCUGGUGACACUUGCUAGAAAUAUUUUCUAAUUUUAAACAAGCUUCCCGUCAAGGUUUGAUCCUGUUUGAAACUUGAUUGUGCGGUGGAGCAUAUUUGAAACUCAUUGCCCUCAGUGAAGUACUUUUAGGAAUACUUUGUGCCGAUGAUGAUAAAGUCACUUUAAAUUAAUUUAGAUAUAUUCUCUUUCUUGAAAAACUGAUCAUGUCAUUGUCAGUUCUUUUUCUGGUGAGAUUACAGCGUUAAGGGCAAAAUCAACCUUAAACAGCGCCCUCUGGUGGUGAGAUUAGCAGCAUCAUACAACUGCACCACCUUAUCUUUGACUAUCAUGACCAUAGAGUGUAUACAGUUUAUGGUCAUGACAGUGAAUAAAUACUCCUUUGACAGCUCUUCACAUUUUUAAAAAUGUUUUAGGAUGUUCUUAGAGAUGAGUUAAUAUGUAAUUUGAUCUACAAAUCUAAAAUAUUCCUGAGACCUGUAGGUCAUUGGUAAACUCAUUUUGUUUCAGUGUUUCUUAAAUGCUUAAAAACUGAAUGAAAUAACGUAUAAGAGAGCCUCAUUUCAUUUAAAACAUUGGAAACAUUUGAAGUUUGGAGAGUAUUGUUGUCUGUGGUGCACAAAAACAGUUCAUCCUCAGUCUUGUUUACCUCAUUUUUAUUCUUUUGUUAUCAUUUUGUCAUGUAAUCAUUUCAUUCCUUGCAGGGGGUUCCAGUUGUUCUUCUCCUCCAUGAGCUCUCAGACUAUGACGGUUAUUGGAGUAUCCUCCCUGCACUUCCUCAGUGAGUGUGAAACCCACAUUUAAGGAUAUCAAACAAAUAACUAAAUCAGACUUCAAAGCAUUUUAUUUAAAAAAGUUCUGAAAAGUUCUGCAGGGGUUUAAGUCAGUCUUCAUGUGGAUGUUUUUAGUCUCUCCACCACUUAUGGUCGAUCAGCAGCCUGGUUUUUCUUCCUGGAGGAGGAGACGAGAAUCUCUUUGUCUGCUCUGCUGCACGUCCUCAACAGGUAUCCAGCACAAAAGGUGAGAUACAGGACACAAACAUCAACAUACAAACACGAACUAGAAAACAGCAAAGAAACAAAUCCUGCUCUACUCCUCCUUUUGAAACUCAUAGGAAUGGUUUUUGGCGAAGCGUCUCCAUGACGAAGAGGCAUCAAUCAUCCACCACUAUGCCUUCUCUGAGGACCCCGCGUCCUUUGGUUACCCUGACCCAGCAGCAGGCUGGGCUCUCAGCAAGCCGCUGCUUCAGAGGUACGUGUUUGUGCGCACCAAUGUGUCUCCUUUCCCUCAAAGACAUUUAUUACAUUUCUAAAAAUGACAACACAAAACCACAGGAGGAAUCGAAAUCUGUUUGGCAUUACUAACUGAGUGAAACCUCUCUACAACUGUCACUUUUCAUUAAUCAUAAUAUUUAAAGGUAAAAAUAGAGUGAUAUGAAAAGUGGAAUGAAGCCUUUUACUCCUAUUGUGUAUUAAAUAACAAAAUAAGGAGCCUGAUUGUUGGUAAAAAGCCAUAAAGAAACAGAUCACAGCCAACAACACAACGUAACACAACACAUGAUGACUUGUAAUCGAUCACACUGAUUCCAUUUUCAUUAUACCAGUUUCAACAUCAGAAGUCACACGCCCCAUGGAGGACACAGAGGUAUUGCUGGACUGACACCGACAGUUUAGGACUUCUUGACAGUACCUUUUAUUCUUAAAUCUAUUGUAAGAAAAGUUCUUCUGCUCUUCUUUUUGUGUGUUUCAGACUUGCAGAACGAGUCCAACUCCAGCCGCUGAAGUCCGAUUUCACCAUCGACUUGAAACAUGAAGUAAUUUGAAACAGUUUCCAAAAGGUUUCACAGAUUUAUUUGUCAUCUCCUGUCUGUCGUUAUUACAACUUGAUAGUUGGGAAGACUGUGCCUUCCUUUACUUUCACUCGAGUGAGAGGAAUAAACUGUGUUCUCACGACUGCCUGCUGAGUGGCUCAGACAUUUAACAAUGACAAACACGUCUUCAGGGACAGUGUAGUCUUUUAUUGAAAACACCCCUGCAGCUUUGACCCCUUAAACUUUUAUAGAUGCUAUUUCUGGUGGGGUCUAAUUGUGUGCAUAAAAGUAGGAAUUUUAUUAGUAAAAGCUUUUUGGCACAAGAUGAUGGUUAUAAUCAGUUUUUUUAUUUAAAUAAGUGAUCAAGACAGAGUUGAAACUCGUAAAAUUAGGUGUUUAUGUUAGUGAUCUUAAUUAGUCUUAUCUGUUUAUACAAGAUUAGUUAAAGCAUUCAGAUGCAGAAUCCAAACAAUGACAGUGUAAAAAAUGUUAAAUGGUGUAUUAAAAGGUCUCAUAUUAAUUUAACGUCUUCAGUCCCUGACAGCAGUGAGAGAGCAGGAGGAAUCUGAGGAAUAAUCUCUCUUUUAGAUCAGGCUUGGAUGGGUUUGUAUCCCUUCAGUCCUACUGUAUGUGUCUGCUGUUUAAUUCUCGAAUGACUUGUGACUCAAAAAAAGGUGAAUGACUUAAACCUCGUGUGUAUCAGAGCUGUCAGGAAGUCAAAUACUAUAUGUCCUAUAUUUGGAUCCAGACCGGGAUCAUGUACUUCCUAGAAAAAGGUUACAUGGAAUACCACUCACAAAGAGCUUCCUGUGUGCCUCUGUUUCCCAGAUCGCAUUGUUUAUUUGGGAGGAAGGAAAAGGUCCGAGGCUGACAGCUGUCCCAGAGUUUUGCACAGAGACGAGAGAAAACUGUGCAACAACAUUCACAACCUACCUGCCCAGCUGUGUACGUGAAACACCUGUUUGAUGAUGUUUACGAGGCUUCAUUUGGAUCAUAUUCAUGUUUUAUGUGUGGGAAAGGUUGAAUGUGUUAUCUACACCAUUUGGAGACUUUUGCUAAAUUUGUACCUUUUAACUCUGAAGAUGGUGAAGAUAUGCAGACAUUAAAAGUUAGGCAUAGCUAAUUAUCACUUUGUCAUGACAGUCGUUAGACUAAUGGAGCUCGAUCAGGUGUUCAAUCCAUCUGAAAUCAUUUAUAACUCAGCUGUGCAUUUUGCUCAAUGUAAGUGAUCACUUUUCAUGUGAUGCCUCUGCCAGCACCUAUUUUACUGUGAUACAAAUGCAAAAAAGAGUGGGCUGAGUCCAUCUGAGGGUUAAAAGGGAAAUAAAGUAGACAGCUAACAGUGCCGAGUGAAGCACUCAGAUUUUUAUAUGUUUGUGGUCAAUGAGGUAUUUAAAAAAAACACCCUCUGUGGAGCACGUCCACUGUAAGCAGGUGUAGAGACUCUGAGGAUGAACAUGCAGGAAGAUGCUCAAGAACCACUGAUGUUGCUUUUGUGCUUUGCUGUUUUUAUUAACAUUUUACACAACACAUCUGUUUUCUGAGCGGUAUUUUAACACACUGCAAUAUACAUUUUUAAUUUGCAUGAUGAUUAAGUUCUUGUCAUAAGGGACUGACCAUUAACCACCACUAAAAAAUGUCUGGCGUGUUUUACGACGUACUUUAUAUGCUACAAGAUGAGCUGAUUGAAUGAAAGUCAUUGAUUAGUAAUAAAAUUCAGAACACUACUGGUAAUGUAAUGGAUUAGGAGGUGAGACCUGAACUGAGGUUUCAAUGCACCAGAGUUUCAUUAUCAGGAACAAGAGCACAUAGUGACACUGUUCGGACCUCAUGUUCCCUCAUUUUCUGCCAUUGACCUCCAGUGAUUCUGUGUUGCAUCUCACACAUUGUUUGUAGACACAUGCGUACUUUUAUGAUUUUGUAGUUAUGGUACAUCAUUUUUAAGGCAUCAAGGGUUAAAUCGUUUUUCUUUCUCUGUUUUUCAGGGUGAUCCAGUGGUGAAGAAAAACGUUUUUGUUGCUGUGAAAACUUGCCAGAAAUUCCACUCGGAGAGAGGUGUGCAUUAUUUCUGACAAAAGAAGUUAAUUCUUUUAUCCACCACUAGAAACCGGUCGAGCACAUUCGUGGGUCAGGCUAAACCUUUAGUCACUGUCACAGCUACCAACUGAAAAAAAGCAGGUAUUGAUUUAAACAUUUUCUUUUCCAUUAAAAAAUUACACAUUUACACAGCUGAAAUAAUUCUCUGGGAUUCCACGGUUGACAAUACUUCCAGAUUUAUAUCAACAUUUCAAUUUGUGGUCAGUUGAGAACUUUCGCCUGCUUUACUGUUUCUCCCAGCUUUGCCGUAGACAUGAAUGUGGCAAAUGUCAAAACUUUUAAAGUUAUUUUUAUAAUCAUGAGAGCUUGUGGUUUAAGUUAGUUUGUGGCAACCGGCACCUUAAAGAUGUGCUCGCCAACUCUGCUGUAGGACAGGAUAUCGCUCUGUUUUUCCUAAUUAGAGACGGUUGAGGCCCAGUUGCUCCUUAGGCUGCUCUCAUAUCUGUUUUCAGAUCUAUAAACAUUACUUAGAUGGUUAUUGUAAGGUUAGGGUUAGGGUUAGGUUUUUAAAAAUUGUAAAAUUUACAACUUAUUAAUGGGCUAUAUGCUAUUUAUUAAUGAUGAUUAAACAUUAAUUAACUAUCUGCUUACCAUUUAUAAAUGGUCUAUUUACCAAUUAUAAGUUAUGGUUAUUGUAAAGUGUUACCAAAUGCAGCACACAAGUUGAUGAGCAGAGAAAACAGAGACUAGAGCUGCAACCUUUCAUACUUUUUCAGCUGUAAAAGUGUGCAAAGGUUUAAGAGUUGAUAAGUUUAUGACAGAAAAAAUGCUAAUUAAAUGUAAAUUACGGUACAUUUGGCUGCAAAAGUUGAACACCGCCAUUGCUCUUGUCACUUCCAACUAACAGUCAGCUGGUCACUUUCACAACCUCGUCUAAAACUGUUCUGUAAUUAUCCAAAACAUAAAAGUGCUUUGAACGGCGAGUCAUGUCUCAUACAAAAUUCAUCCCCCCCUCCACACUGGACCCACUCCAGUUUGCAUACCGAGCCAACCGGUGGACCGAGGAUGCAAUCUGUGCUGUUCUCCACCUUGCUCUCACCCACCUGGACACUACAGACUCAUGUUUACAAACGCUGCUGGAAGAUUCCUGCUCAGCAUUCAACACUAUCAUCCCACAACAUUAUCAAACUGGACCAGCUAGGACUCAACACCUCACUGUGCAACUGGAAGCUGGACUUCCUCAGUGAGAGGCCACAAGCAUUACAGGUUGGCAAUAACACAGGGGCCUCACAAGAAUGCAUGCUCAGUCACCCUGCUGACCCACAACUGCUCACCAACAUUCAGCACCAACCACAUAGUGAAGUUUACAGAUGAUACAACUGUGGUGGGUCAUAUCUCUGACAACGACAAGACAAACAACAGGAAGGAGGUCAUCCAUCUGUCCAUGUGGUGCAGCAGUAACAAUCUCCUUUUAAAUGUGGACAAGACAAAGGAGAGUGUUUUGGACUUCAGAGGAGGCCACACUGAACACUUCCAACUGACCGUUAAUGGCGCUGCUGUGAAGAGAGCACUAAAUUUUCUUUCCUGGACAGCCAACAGCACAUCACUGGUGAAGAAAGCCCAGCGGCGCCUCUACUUCCUCCGCAGACUGAAGAGAAUGAGAGCCCCCCACCCGUCAUGCACGCCUUUUACCGAGGCAUCCUUUACUUAACUUUAUUUAUUAAUAUUUUCAUGUGCAGAACAUGUUGAUAAACAAUGAAGGUCGUGACAUACUCCCCCCUCCACACACCCACCCUCAACUUUAGGAGGCAAAUGAGAAGGUAAACAACAAAGGCUGUAUACAAGUACAGUUCCCCAAUAUGUAUAAAUCUAUAAAGUGAUUGAAGAAAUGAAUAUAUAAUUUAGGAGCCAGAAAAUUUGGUGAACAGAUGAAGGAGGAGAACUAUAAAUAAUAAUGAACUGUAUAAUACUAAGAUUAAAAAGAAAAGGGAAAAAAAAGAAUAAAACAGACAAAUAAUAAAAGUUAAAUAAAAAUAAAGUGAUGCUAAGAUUUCUGUUAUCUGCCCAGUACUACCAGAUAAAAGUGACAGCAUUUCUCACCAAAUCCUAAAGCUGACAUCUCACAUGUACAGGGAUCAAGCAACAAAAAAAGACCAACAUCUCAACGCAGUGUUAAAGAUCUGACAUGUGUGACACAUAAGGACGAGUCUCCACCCGCAAAGCAGUUGGCACUAGGGACUGUAGCCACCUACAGACUUACUGGGAGGAGAUACCAGAACUCCCUGGGUCUGCUCUACCAGACUUAUGAACAGUUUCACCCACCAGGCUGUCAGAAAGCUGAACUCUCUCCCCUCUUUGUCACCCCCUCACAACCCUCACUGGGCAGUGGGCACAUACUUGCACAACAAAAACACUCUGCUCACAGAAUCACCUGGUUCUGUAUUUUUACUACAUAAUCUAUUUUGCACUGCAACUCCACUGUUUACAUGAUCUUUACAUCAUAUAGCAGAUUACAACCAUCACCUGCACUUUAGGUCAUGUGUGGUAUGUGCAGCAGAAUCAUUUUUACCGGUCAUUAAAUUUGCAUGUGUACAUAUAGGAUGCAUGAGUGUGGGAGUGUAUAGUGUACAUGCAUAGACAAAGUAGGCUUGAGUAGAUGCAGACAUACAUAUAUCACUUUCCCACUGUAUAACACUCCUCUCUAUUGUACUUAAAAAAAAAAAAUAUUAUCGUCUGUAUUUCUGCACCGUGGGCUGGAGAGAAACAUCUUUUCAAAUCCUGUGUAUGUACUCACAUACGGCAGAAAUUGACAAAAUAAAAAUGCUCGAUUUUUCAAUCUAAAAGGUAUUAUAAUUGAUUGAUUGAUUUUUUUAAAAGCAUUUUAAAAAGUAAAGUGUUUGAUCUUUUUUUUUUCUCCCUGAUAUCUCCUCACAGUCCCAGUGGUGAAAGCCACCUGGGAGAAAGAUGCUGCAUUCAUAGAGUAUUACAGUGAUGUCUCCGACGCAUCUAUACCUACAAUCAGCCUGGGAGUGCCCAACACUGAGAGAGGUAAGCUGAUAGAAAACAGAUUUACCCCGAUACCUGCAGGAUAAACUGAAAAGAUCAAAUUACCUGGGGUUCAGGGAAGGCCAGAAUGAAGGGCGAAGACACCCCCUCGAGAGAUGAAUGUUGCAGACCGCUUUCUUCUCUAGUUAUACCAACUUUAGUGACGACUGCAGGAUAGCAAUACACAGCGGUCUGAGGAGCCACGGGCUCAACCAAAAAGCCACUCUAUAGCCACAAAUAAUACUCAGAACAGCACCUAACUUCAUCAACAGUACAUAUAGGGUCCCAGUCACAGCACUAGCCACCAAACAUCUUUGUAGCUUUGCCUAAAUUCUUUGUCAAAGAGACUAAACACAACUCACCUACUCUCUUCCAGCAGCCGCUUGUUUGUAGUGAGACCUCUGGCCAGUCCAUUACAGACUGCAGCGGGGUGACGCAGCUCAAGGAAGAACAUUUAUGAUUAUUAUAAUCUCUUUGUAGGGCACUGUGGAAAGACAUUUGCAAUCUUGAGGAGGUUCCUGAGCGGAGCUGUGCCGAAGGCUGAUUGGCUGCUCAUUGUUGAUGAUGAUACACUCAUCAGGUAACUGGGAGACGAGUUUUGGAAGUUAUUUAAAUAAUCAAGACGAAAUUUCUACCCAUCUAUUUAAAACUUUUAUAUGGUUUUCUCAAAUAUCCUGCAAACUGCCGUAGGGCUUCUGUCUUUUUAGGUAUUUAAUAUUCAGCUCAGUUAAAGGACAUUAUUGAAAGGUGUAAUGGAACGAUGGAUGAUGGAGAUGUUAUCAGAAAGCCGGGAGAAAAAGACAAUUGUGCAAAAAUGUCCAGGGAAAGCUUUGGAAAUGGUUUUGAUCCCUUGAUGAUCCUGUAAAGUGUUUUAGAUGGUUUUUGAUGUAAUCAGGACCUUAUUUUAUGUAUCUUUAUUGGUCUCUGUGUGUGUGAACUCUCUCUCAUCCAUGCACAGUUUACCCAGACUGAGACGUCUGCUGUGUUGCUAUAACCCAAAAGAAGCAGUGAGUCUGGGGGAGAGAUACGGCUUCGGUUUGGUGCAGAAAGGCUACAGCUACACCACAGGAGGAGGAGGGUGAGGCUGGGGGAGAAACUGAUGGUAUUAAGAUUUACUCACAAAUGGACAGGAACGUGACCUCCAGACUACCGUUGUUCAGUCCCGAUAAAAAGAUGUUGACUUCAAGGUAGCAGCAUACCCUCACAUACACAGCACGUAUUGUUUUGGAAAACUGUGUCCAGAUAGUCUCUCUUUUUUUCUUGCAUUUUUUAAAGUUUGAGCAGCUUUCACUUUUACGUUUUAGUCCUCUCUUCAACUGUACGCCAGUCAAAUUCCAUUUUGGUCACACGUACAGUUAUAGUUAAAAAAUAAUAAGGUGAAAUUUCUUACUUUAGGGGGCAGAGUGUGAUAUUUAGUGGCAAGGGUUGAUAUGUAUGUCCAAAAUCAAGAAUAAUUAACAAUGGAUGUUAAACUAUCAUAAUCAUUACGGGGUGUAUUGUAAAAAAGUCAGCAUGGUUUUGUGCCAGUAUAUCUAUAAAAAUCUUAAACAUUUCAGUCUCUUUAAUCAUUGCACAACAGCCAAAAACUGUCCUGAGCAUCAAACAGUAUUUUGCUGUUUCUUUUGUUUGAUAUUAUUUAAAAUUUCCAUGCAAAAAUAUCAAACUAAUGCUGUCAGUAAGUUUAUUCAGAUGAUGAUUCAAACGUAGGCCAUUACGUAGUUGCCAUUACGUAGUUGCUGACAACGUUUUUAGCAGUUUAUUACUUACACAACAAAACUAUUUUCCAUCGCCUGAUGAUAUAAAAUCCAAUAUUUAAUCUCCUCAGCUCCGUUUUGGUUUCUGCCAACUCUUGUUUUUUAUGUUUUGGCCUUUAAUUUCCACUCUCUGCAGGAUGGUGCUCAGCAGGGUGGCGGUGUCCAGGUUAGUCUCCAGCGGUUGUGGCUGCUUUAGUGAUGACGCUCCUGAUGACAUGGUGCUGGGCAGGUGCCUCACCUCUCUGGGUGUCCCCAUCACACACAGCCCUCUGUUCCACCAGGUAAGGAGCACAAAAAACAGCACAUACACACAAGUAUGUGAACUUAAUGCUGUUACUCCCCAUGAACCCCCCCCCUUCCAAAGAGUUCCUCCUAAGAUUUAUCGUUUCAUUUUCACUGAGAUUUAAACCAGGGUCAUACAAUAUCAAGGAGAAAGAAGCUGACAUGGUAGCUGAUGUCAGCUUUCUGCGACCCAGUGAUGGCAAAACUGCCAGAGAGACUCACCAUAGGGAUUUCUCUUUUCCAAAUCUUUAAAACACACUAACAUGGUGGCUGGAGUGAACUUUGUGAUCCUAAUUUCUGUCACUAACAAAAGCAAACAAAAAACAAAUAGGUGAAGGAUAAAUGGAGCAGUGUAAUUGAUUAAACUCGUCUUGGUGUUUUAGGCUCGACCAGAUGACUAUCCAGAGGCACUUAUCUCGCAGCAGCAGGCUAUCUCCUUCCAUAAGCACUGGAACAUAGACCCUGUGGCUGUCUACAAACAAUGGCUGCAGGACCGAGAGACACAUGAUGAGCUGUAGAGAUACCUUGUUUAUGCACGUGACACUCUGAUUCUCAAAAGAUAAAAGUCAGUCUUAUCACUUAUCAGUGGUGGUUGUCAGCCAUCCAGGUCAGGGUGACUCAAAGCUUGAUUUGAAGGUCAAAAUAUUUGUCCUGCUCUGUGAAAAAAAAUGGAUGGAUGGAUGGAUGGACGAUUGAUUGAAGGAUUGACCAUGGAUGGAUUGGUUGAUUGAAAGAUGUAUGUGUGGAUGGAUCAAUUGAUGGGUGGAUGAAUUAAUACAACUUUUUAAAUUUGUGCAAUGACUACGCAAAACUAGCCUGGCCGGGCCAUCCAGUUGUGUGAAUCACUUGCCGAUUCACGCAACUGGAUGGCCCAGCCAGGCUAACACAAAACUACACAAUUUUAAAUCAGUCAGUGGUUGGUAACCAUAGUGAUGUACAUCAAAAACAGCAAGACUGAGAAAGCUGUAUGAGGACUCAAACAUUAGUUGUUUGUGGUUGACUACAAAUAAUUUACGUUGACCAUUGAGAUUUACCUCUCAUGGUGUCAACCAUAGUCUUGAUUAGAGACAUCUACAUCCUUUUACCCAGGUUUGGAUUUCAGUAAUACCUGUAAAUAUGAUUCUGAUCACAUAAAAACAGUCCUGUCCUUGAGAGUUUGUUCCUUUGACUUUCAGACAGAUCUAUUUUUGACUGAAGAGUUUUGCUCUUUCUUUACAUUCUGCCUUUUUCUUUACAUUCUGCUGGGUCUGUUGAGACUUUCAGAAACCAGAUGUUUAGACAGGUAUUAUGGGUAAUACAUCCUAGUCUGGCUGGCCCAUCCUGUUGCGUGAAUCACUUGCCGUUGGGAAGGAACGGCAAGUGAUUCACGCAACAGGAUGGCCCAGCCAGGCUAAAUACAUCCUGUAUUUUUAACUUCUCUCUGGCUGAAUGAAGGUGUUUUAUAUUUGUGUAUCAUAUCAUUCUCUUUCUCUUUUUUCUCUUGUUUUCUUUCUCAUUCUUGUGAAGCACUUUGUGAUCUUUGACUGUGAACAGUGUUAUGUAAAUACAGUUUACUUACUUUCAAACUCUUUCAUUUUCUUACAAAGUAUUUGAAGCCCUACACUUUUUAGUAAUUCUUUUUAAGGUUUAAUUAUCAAUUAUUUUUUUUUACCUUUUCACAUCUUCACCACAGAGAAUAUCCUGUUGAAAUCAAACCUGUUACCAAUGAAAUUACAGCAUGUUUUGGUGUAAUAUGAUACCUGUUCUGUGAACGGCAAACUAAGUAUGUGGGUAAGUCAGUGUGGUUGCGUAAAGUGAUCUGACAGGCGUAAGCCUGCAUAAAAAUGCAUUUUUGCACUUGUUUUUCUAUGUGUUUGUGUGCCAGCUGAAAACCUGUUAUUUCCUUGAAGUAAAAUGUACUUUUUGGAAUCACUUUAAAAUGAAAUAUUCAAUGGGUUGAA